AUUCGCGGUAAAAAACUGUUACCAUGGUAUCUUCUGCUUCUUCAUCUUUUUUUUUUUUUUUACUGUCACAUUUAAACUGAUUUAUGGUUGCACUGGUUGAAUGAAGGAUCUCUUUUAAAUGUUCCAAUUGUCUAUUCAUCUAAACUGCUCUGUAAAUUACGCCCGCAUCUUUCGUUCCCUGUUAUUUUUUUCGUAUUGUUGAAAUUCAUGUAUUCAUCAGAUGGCUCGACGCUCGGCGCUUCUAAUUGCAGGCACCUGCCAUGCUUGAGACUCAUCAUCAUUAUCCUCUACUCUGCCCUGAACUUCAGGUCGCUGCCACUUCACACUGGGAAGCCUGCCGGCUUCUGAGUAAACCGAGACAGAACACGGCGUGAUUAUGUUGACCAUAUUCCUACUUGUACUAAUCUGCAUUGUUGAGAGCCAGGGCUUUCCAAAUAUGCGAUCCCUGUUAUGCGAAGAGAAUGCCUGCAACGCCACCUGCAGCCACCAGUUUGACGGAUCUAUUGGCAUUAAGACCAUUGGAAUAUGUGAAAACAACGAAUGUCAGUGCUAUCACAGCUCACUAUGUGAUGCAAACACCUGCAAGAGAAUGUGCAAGGAGCGAUACGGCAAUGAAACCGACCUACACUCAGAAUGCUUGAACGACGUCUGCAACUGUGGCUGGAAAAAGAAUUGCGUGCUCUCCGAAUGCAAACUUCAAUGCACUGAGAGGUACCCUGGAAAGUCGGGUGUUGACAUUAAGUGCAAAGAUAAUCUCUGCAUCUGCGAGUGGACGGAGUUCAAUACAGACUCCACGACAAAGACAGAACCGCCUUAUGUUGACAUCGGGAAGAACAAGAAUGCGCGGGGACUCCGUGUCGAGAAGGCGCUCCAGCACCGCAAGAAAGGGGUCCGCUGACGCAACAGCUCGUUAGCUGGAAAAGAUCUCUGCAAGCGGCACCCAAGAAAACUAGUGCUUCGUUUACAAAUAAACCA